AUGUCUCGACGCGUCCCCUGCGCCGGAACAUCGCGGUCCGGGACCCGAGCGACUUCUCUCGCACCAACCUCACGUCCCUUGCGACCACUAAACGGCUCUGCGGGCGGGCGGCGGACAACAUCUGCAUUGGGCGGCGUGCGCGUGCCGUCGGACAUCCCAGAAUCCAACAUCAACGUCGUGGUGCGAUGUCGGGGGCGCACACCACAGGAAAUCGAGGAGAACUCGCCUCCCAUAACACAGACUGGCGGCCCCGUGGCCGACGCCAUCACGGUCACGACAACACCAGUGGCGGCUGUGGGGAGUCUCGGAGUGCCGACCGACGCCAACACCAAGACGUACAAGUUUGACAAGGUGUUCGGUCCCGAGGCCGACCAGACGACAGUGUUUGCUGAAGUUGCAGAGGGCAUGCUCAAUGAGGUGUUGUCGGGGUACAACUGUACCAUCUUUGCAUAUGGCCAGACAGGGACAGGCAAGACGUACACUAUGCAGGGCGACAUGACGCCAACGCCGUUGAUGGCGCCGUCCAUCGAGGCGGGAAUCAUCCCACGCGUGCUCCAUCGUUUGUUUGCGCUGCUUGAAGUUCAGGAGGACAGCGAGUACGCCGUCAAGUGCUCGUAUCUGGAGAUCUAUAACGAGGAGCUGCGCGACCUCCUCUCCUACGACUACGGCAAGCAGGGGACAAGCUCGAACAUUAAGAUUUUUGACGACACAUCGAAGAAGGGCGUGAAUAUCCAGGGUGUCGAGGAGGCAGGUGUGCGCGAUCUGAACGACGGCCUCGCGAUCCUCCGCAAAGGCAGCCAGCGGCGGCAGGUCGCCGAGACUAAACUCAACACUGAGAGUUCGCGCUCUCACUCGAUCUUCACGCUCACAGUCCACGUCAAGGAGACGUCAGGCGACAAGGCUGGCGAGGACAUGCUGAGGAUAGGCAAGUUCAACCUCGUCGACCUGGCAGGCUCGGAGGCAGUUGGGCGCUCCAUGGCGCAGGGCGCACAACGGCGAGAGGCCGGGAUGAUCAACCAGUCCCUUCUCUCCCUCGGGCGCGUUAUCAACGCCCUGGUCGACAAGUCGGCACAACACAUCCCGUACCGCGAGUCCAAGCUCACGCGGCUCUUGCAAGAUUCGCUCGGCGGGCGCACCAAGACGUGCAUCAUCGCAACCGUGUCGCCGACCAGGAGCAACAUGGAGGAGACACUAUCAACACUCGACUACGCCAGCCGUGCCAAGAGCAUUCGCAACAAGCCCGAAGUCAACGCACAUCUCACCAAGGCUGGCUUGCUACGCGAGUACCUCGGCGACAUCGAGCGACUCAAGGCCGAGCUGCAUGCGACGCGCGAGAAGAACGGCGUGUACAUCCCCGACGACCAGUGGAAGGACAUGAGCGAGGAGCGUGCUCUCCGCAAAUUGAACUACGACGAGGCCAAGACGCGCGUGACGACGGUCGAGGUCGAGCUGCGCACCCGUCGCGCCGAGUUUGAGCAGCUCACGACACGCUUCGUCACGACCUCUAGCGAGCUCACUGAGGCGCGCGAGGCCGAACGUCAGCUCGGCGCAGACCUCGAGGCGGCCAAGAUUGACGUUGAAUCGAUGCGUGUGGCGCUUGGCGACGAGAAGGCGAUCGCGGAUGCAUACGCGGCUGGCGAGGAGCGCCUGGGCGUAGUGGCGGGCGAGCUCCGUGCCGUAGCGACCACGAGCGUGCGCGACGUUGACGGACUCUUCGACAAGCUGGGGCGCGUAACGGGCGUACUCGACACCAACGCGGGGCUGUCGCAACGCUUCGGCGCGACCAUGACUACAUUAUCCCACGACUUGCAGAAGCGCAUGUCCAAGCUGCACAGCACGCAGGGCGAGUUUGGAAACAGUCUGCGCGCCGACCUCGAAGAGUACGCUGCGCGGGGCAAGAGCGAGGCGGACUCGCAUAUGGCUGCACUGGACGAGAAUCUUGGCGCCCUCGGUACACUUGCGGCCGGAUUGACGGGAUUGAUCGAGGACGACAAACGCGUGUUCGUGGAGGCAAGCGGUGCAAUCCUCACGGUGCGCGACGAGGUGCAGCGCGCCGUGGCGGAGUGGGCGAGCGCAGUCGAAUUCCGCUCCACACGUAUGGUUGACGAGCUCGUCGCCCACCAGCGUGCCCACCUCGCCACGGUCGGCAGCGUACUGGACACGACGAGUCAGCUCGUCGACGACGUCAUCGCCGCCGCACAGGAGCACGUCGCGGCACAAAAGGCGCAUGCUGAGCGGGCAGCAGCGCUCGCCUCCCAGGUUGCUGCUGACGAGGUCGCUCGCUUGCGUGCACAGAACGCCGCACUCUCCAAACUCCUAAAAGACGAGCGGGCACAGGGCGUGCGCGCUCGAACAGAUCUUCUCUCCGGAAUCGCGGGGUUGGUCCAGCGCUUCGGAGAACAGGAGGAGGAGCGACUUGGCGGCGCGCUCGCGCGUGUGCGGUCUGCCAACGAUGACGGUGUCGAGAAGAUGGAGGCGUUUGCUGUAGCACACGCGGAAGUGGCGGGGGACAUGGCGGAGGGCGCGCGUGUGUUCCACGAGGAUAUGUACACAAAAGCCGAGACGGUGGAGGCACAGCGGAGCGCCGUGCCAGAGGCGAUGGAGGAGGUUACGACCGGCUUGCGGACACGGCUGGAGGCGUAUGGUGCCGAAACAACGCGGCAGGGCAUCGAGCGCCUCAACGCACUGAAUACACUCUGCGCCAAGAUCGGGGACGGCGUUGCCGACCUAUCCGCGCAUGCGUCGACCAGCGCACAAUCGCAUCUCUCGGCCCUGUCGGAUGUGCUCGACGGCGCGCGGGGCCUACACGCCUCCUCGGCCGCCUACACCCGCACCACCGCGAACGACACGGCCGGAAUUACAUCCACCCUUUUGCGGUCGCAUGGUACGGCAUCCGCCGACAGCGGCAAGGCGUACAACAGUGCCAAGCGCAAGCUCGAGACGAUGGUAUCCACAAGCGCCGACUUUAUAGGCAGCCUCGCCUCCGACGAUCCGACAGGCAACACUCCCAGGAAACGCUCCUACCCCAUGCCGAGCUGGGAACGCACCGCCCCCCGCGGCGUGCUUCUUGACCGUAUACGGCGUGGAUCGCCUCUUGUCCCCGAACCCAGGACAGAGACACCCGACGUCGACGUGACUGCGUCUCUGUCCCCCACCUCGGCUUCUCCUUCCCACAUUGUGAGGAGCCCCGAGCCAGUGUCCGAAACCAGGAUGUCCCGCAACAGCUCGCUGGCAGUGUCGCUGGACGCACCGGCCCAACCUAUGGAACGUCCUGUCGGUUCGGCGUCCGACCUGCCCCUCAACAUCUCCACUCGGCGGCGGACGAAGAAACUCGCGUCGGCAGAGUUUGAACGGGCCCCCAUGAGCGUGCUCGGGGAAGGAGGCAACAUUCCGCGCCGGAAGCGAUAG